UACGGUCAUAGUAUUACUGAAAUGGCUCUUCUUCCUACGUUCCGCCAUCUCCUUGGCUGCAUCCGCAACCCCUCAAAGACAUUAAUCCUCCCAAGCAUUUCAAUCCCCACCAGCAACAACUUCUCUCUUCUUUUAUUAUCUUCUCCAACAUCGCAACUAGAAUUUAAAUCCAAAUACCAAUUCCAUACUCUGAAAGCUCUUCUCGCAGCGAGAGAAAAAACCCUAGUGCUCACCAAAGAUGAGAGGUUGGGCUCGAGCUCUGUUGCUACCGAGCCGGUUCAGAGUUCAAGCACAAUUGCCGCCAUUGUCACUUCCUUGGGUGGUCGGCCCGGUGCUGUGGGGGUUGUUCGGUUAUCGGGCCCUUCGGCUGUUUCUGUAGCUUCCCGUGUCUUUAGGCCUGUGACAAAGAAGAAAAGGAAGAAGCAAGGUUCUGGUGAGUAUUCAUGGAAGCCCAGAAGCCACUUUGUGGAGUACGGUGUGGUUUCAGAUUCUCAAGGCAAUGUUGUUGACGAGGUUCUAGCAUUGCCCAUGUUGGCACCGAGAUCCUACACUCGAGAGGAUGUGGUGGAGCUCCAGUGCCAUGGGAGUGAUGUAUGUCUGCAUCGAGUGUUGAGAGCUUGUUUAGAAGCUGGGGCGAGGCUUGCAGAACCAGGAGAGUUCACCCUACGUGCUUUCUUAAAUGGGCGGUUAGACCUCUCCCAGGCUGAAAAUAUUGAAAAACUAAUUUCAUCCAAGUCUGUGGCUGCUGCAGAUGCAGCACUGGCAGGAAUUCAGGGAGGGUUCUCUACUUUGGUCAAAUCACUGAGAGCCCAGUGCAUUGAGUUGCUAACUGAUAUUGAAGCUCGUUUAGAUUUUGAAGAUGAGAUGCCACCACUAGACACGGCCAUUUUGAUAGACAAGAUACACACCAUACAAAAAGAUGUGGAGCAGGCAUUGGGGACAGCCAAUUAUGAUAAGAUUCUACAAUCUGGGUUGCAGAUUGCAAUUGUUGGUCGGCCUAAUGUUGGGAAGUCAAGCCUCCUUAAUGCUUGGAGCAAAAGUGAGAGAGCGAUUGUUACAGCAAUUUCUGGAACCACAAGGGAUGUGGUUGAAGCCAGUGUAACAGUUCAUGGCAUUCCUGUCACCCUUCUUGAUACUGCAGGAAUAAGGGAAACUGAUGAUAUUGUGGAGAAGAUUGGUGUAGAGAGAUCCGAAGCAGUUGCAAUGGGUGCUGAUGUGAUUAUUAUGACUGUAAGUGCUUUUGAUGGAAUGACAUCUGAUGAUACCAAACUCCUUGAAUGGAUUCAAAUCAACAAGAAAUCAACAGGUUCUUCUGCACCAGUGGUUCUUGUUAUUAAUAAAAUAGAUUGUGCACCAUUAAUUUCUAUGGAAGUGUUCAAGGUAGAUGGCAAUCCUUUCUGUAAGCACAUUUUGACAUGUGCAGUAACUGGCCAAGGAAUACCAGAGUUGGAGUCAGCAAUACUAGAGAUUGUUGGCCUUGACGAAAUCUUUGCAGGGGGGCGUCGAUGGGCUGUAAACCAGAGACAAUGUGAGCAGCUUAUGAGAACUAAGGAAGCUCUGCUUAGGCUGAAAUCAUCAAUCGCAGAGGAAUUGCCCACGGAUUUUUGGACAAUUGAUUUGAGAGAAGCUGCACUGGCCCUCGGGCAGAUAAGUGGAGAAGGAAUUUCUGAAGAAGUCCUGUCCAACAUCUUUGCCAAGUUUUGUAUUGGUAAAUAGAUUGUGAAUGACCCAAGCAUGUACAUUAUGUAAAUUUGAAGAUAUUCUUUGUUACUCAUCUUUGUAACAUGCUGACUUUUUAAUGAUAAGAAUUGAAGGUGUUGUUUCAUUAA